AUGGGUCGAGGGCGGCCGCCAAAAAAAUCAGUGCCUCCACCACCAUUAUCUCCGGUGGUCUCUACUCCGGUAACUCAAUCGGACUUGCGAAGCCACAAUGUCAGCAAGAAUCUCAGCACAGCGGAAAUUGCGGGAAUCAACUACCUUGGAGAAACCUCAAAUGCUCGUGAAGAUGGAAGUUUUGAGGAGAAGCGCAACGAAAUAGAACUGGAAAAACCUAAGUCACCUCCAACUCCUGAAGAGGGAAGAAAGCUAUGGGCUGAUGUGUUAAAGGACAAUAGGAAUCCGGCGAAAGGUCGUACUAUGAAGUUCAUACCCCCUCAAGUCGUGGAAGGGAAAAUCGAGGUUCAAAUUGAAGAAGAUGAUGUCAGUUCUGAAGUCAAGUUUUGGGAAUCUUCUCUGAUUCUUUAUGCAAUGGGAGCAGAUUUGAGUAUGAAUGCUGUCAAGGAUUUUAUGACCAGAUCUUGGAACUUUGUUCAACUGCCGGACAUGUAUUUCAAUGAUGAAGGGUAUUUCAUUCUCCGGUUCAAAUCUUUCACCGAUCGAGACGAAGUUAUGCUGAGAGGACCGUACAUGUUAAGAAACAUUCCUUUGUUGAUUCGUGAAUGGAGGCCAGAUUUCAAGAUCAAGGAUGAACUCUUACGAACCCUACCUAUUUGGGUAAAACUUCCCCAACUCCCUAUCGUUUUGUGGGGUGAUACAAGCCUGAAUAAGAUUGGGAGUGCCCUGGGUAAGCCUAUUAUGACAGAUGAAUGUACUGCUAAUAGACUGCGAGUAUCCUAUGCGCAUAUUCUUGUUGAAAUGGAUAUUACAAAGGAGCUACCUCAAUCAAUCACCAUUACUGAUCCUGCAGGAGAAAAGAUGCAACAAUCAAUUGAGUAUGAGUGGAGACCUCUUUUCUGCAACAAAUGUCAAAAGGUAGGUCACUGUUGUGAUAAGCCUAAGAUGAGGAAACAAUGGAUACCUAGGAAUGUGAAGCAACCUGAAGCUAAUGUGAUGUCAAAUAAGGCUGAGGAUGAUAAUAAAAGGCCUAUUGAAGUAGGAAAUGUCAAUAUGGAUAUAGUUCAGAUCAGGAAGGGUAAUGCUAGUUCUACUGCUGCUGAGACUAUCAGAAAUAAGGAUGUGGAAACAGUUAUGGAUAAAUGGACUGAGGUUAUUAACAGUGGUAGAGAUAGAGGUAAAAAUAAAGGUAAUGCUGGAGCUGCAGGUGUGCUUUCAUAUGAUAAUGGGUUUGAGGCUCUAGAGAUUUUGAAGGAUCUCCUAGAGGCUCAAAACACUGGCCAAUGA